CAGAAGUGACUGCGGAAGUAAACAGACAUUUCGUCAAGUCACUGCCCGUUAGCUGUACUAGCAAAACACAAUGUUUCUCCUCUACAGUUCACUCCUGAGACUUAUCAUCAAACCACCUGUGGCCUUUCUGGAUGGAAGGAGGCGAGAAACGGAGCCGAGCCGACCCGGGCCAAACCAGACCAGGUCCAGAUAUGUUUGACAGCAGCACCCAGACUGACAGCAGAGUACAAGGUUAUGAUCCCAGGUUAUCAAAGGUAAACCUGUUCACCUUGUUGAGCUUGUGGAUGGAGCUGUUUCCACAGGAGGAACCCGAAGAAGAGGCGGAGGAGGAGCAGAGACAGGUCCACAGGCUGGGUCUGGUGGUGGUGCGGGACAGGAAGGUGAUCGGACUCCACUGCUCAGGACUGGAGCUCCAUGCAGGACAGGCUGCCAUCAUCCAACACGGCUCCCGCCUCGCUGACUGUCAGUUAUAUUUCUCCCGGAGACCCUGCGCCACCUGCCUCAAGAUGAUCAUAAACGCUGGAGUCAGUCAGAUCUCCUUCUGGCCCGGAGACCCUGAAAUCAGCAUGCUAAGGUCCCUCUCAACCAACCAAUCAAACUCCACCUCCCACAAUCCACCUGGCGGUAUCUCAGAGGAGGCUGCGCUGGACGCGGUCGCCACAGAGAAGCUGAAGUCCAACAGCCGUCCUCACAUCUGUGUGCUGCUACAGCCGCUGGCUCUCGGCCUGGCUCAGUUCAUCAGCGAGACGUCCAGAGAGUGUGACUUCAUUGAGCGAGUGAGCGAGGACGAACCGGAGCUGAACACACACGAACUCCACAACAGAGAGCGACUAAAACACGUGAAGGAGUUCUCCAGAAGCUUCCUGGUGGAGACGUCUCGUCAGCAUCGAGAGAUCCUGACCCACAUGGGUUUGGAGAACUUCUGCGUUGAGCCGUACUUCUCCAACCUGAGACGCAACAUGAGGGAGCUGGUGGAGGUCCUGGCUGCAGUGGCUGCUGGUGUUCCGACGCAACACUAUGGAUUCCACAGGGAGCAGUGUGCAACUUCUGCGCCGCUACAAGCAAACUCCUCACUGCAGCAUCACCAGGAGGGACUGUCACAGGAAGUGGCUCGACACUGUGUCAUCCAAGCAAGGCUGCUGGCUUACAGAACAGAGGACCCUAAAAUUGGAGUGGGAGCUGUGAUCUGGGCCAAACGACAGUCGGCUGGCAGUGACGGGACGGGGCGUCUCUACCUGGUGGGUUGCGGUUACAACGCCUACCCAGCAGGCUCUCAGUACGCAGAGUAUCCACAGAUGGACAACAAGCAGCAGGACCGACAGAGACGCAAAUACAGAUACAUCAUCCACGCAGAGCAGAACGCCCUCACCUUCAGGACUCAAGACAUCAAACCAGACGAGCCCACCAUGCUGUUUGUGACUAAAUAUCCGUGUGAUGAGUGUGUGCCUCUGAUCCGAGGAGCCGGCAUCACACACAUCUACACAACCGACCAGGACAGAGACAAAGACAAGGUGGACAUUUCCUACCUGAGGUUCAGCAGCCUGAAGAACGUCAGCAAGUUCAUCUGGCAGAGGAGUCCCUCAGUUUGCUCUACGUCCUCUCCUCACCUCGCCAACGGUCACUUCGGGAAGCACAGCAGAUCGGCUGAGCAGGAGAGCCACAGCUGCAAGAAGCUCCGCACCGACAGAUCCAAAGACUCACCAACAAGCUGAACCCAAAGAGAGGCAGAUAAAUGGACAAACUCCCCCCCCAUCAAACCCACCAACAUCUUUUCAGCCACAGGUUUGAGAAUUCAGAAGAGGGGAUCUGGAUAUUCACACGUUAGUUUAGUUUUCACACGAGGGUGAUCUUUGGUCAACCUUUGUUUGAAGUUAUCAGGAGUUUGAAGUUCAUGUUGUUUCUUUUCCUGCUGUAUCCUUCACAAGUUCAAUCAUGAAGAUGGAGCUGAAAGUUAUAAACAGAGGAGAACCACUGAAGACUGAAUGCAUAGAAGAGGUAAAGACCUGAUGUUGAUUUUGCACAAUCUGGGCACCACAACCAAAUAAUAUAUAUAUUUGAAGAAGUCCUGUAAGCUGUGACGAGAGGAUGUGUCUGUAAUAUUUCCAAUGCAAAUGUUUGAAAGUUUAUUUAAAAUAUGUAAAGAUAUAAAUCUAUACUGUGUGUACGUUCGAAUCCCUGCAGCCGUGUGCUUUCCAGAUGCUCCCGUUUCCCAUGUUUGGCCCUGUUCAAUUUUAGAGUGUUCUUGUAGUUUAAGUUUUAAUGUGUGAACAACAUAAACACUACAUAUAUGA